GAUUACUCAGAUGUCGAGUCGCAUAGACGUGCUCUUUUCAUGCAUCACCGACUUGGCUUGAAGCCGUCAUUUGGCGACAAGACGUCCAAGACUCAGGCAGCAUGGCGCCUGGUGAAGGUGUGGCUGGCAGCGAGGCGCGGUGCCCAAGCGUGCGCGAAUUCUACGACGGCAUCUUUCACUCUCCCAUCUACGCGGAGUACCACCGAGUGUGCUGCAAUGUGGGCUUCCACCCUCGCGGUGACACUCAUGUCAACUCGAGUGCCGCUGCUGUUGCCGCCGUCACCAGUGGGGAUGUGAGCGGGGACGCGCCUUCCAGCAAAUUCCAGGCUCAAUACCCGGCCGACAGGUUCCAGUUGCAGCUCUACGACAACCUGAUGGACGUCGAUGCGCAGCACGACGCGCGACGCAACGAGAUCUUUACGAUCUUGGACUUGGGCUGUGGCGCAGGCGGUGGUCUGUGCGAACUGCAGACACUGUACCCUAAAGCUGAGGUUGUGGGACUGGACAUCUCCAUCCAAGCUCUGGAACGGAGCAAAGAGGUGUGGAACUACUUCACAGAGCAGAUGCCUGAGUUCCAGGAGAAGAAGCUGCGACUGUAUCAGCAUUCAUGCGAGAGGAUGAAGGGACUACUCACCCACUCAGUGGACGUGGCAGUAGCCGUUCAAAGCUUGCAGGAGGUGCAGAAUCUCGGCAGAGCCGUGAACGAGAUCGCACGCGUGCUCAAGCCUGGAGGACUUCUGUUCGUCGCGGACUUUAUCCCGCCUGACGUGACAGCGGAUCACUUGGAACAUUCGUUGCUGUCCCCUAUUUCAUCAGCACAGAACAAAACUCCACUAUUUGAGAUCGUACAGGAGCAAUUGGUGUCAUACGAAGCAGCGAUGGGUGCGAAACUCAGCUCAGGCAGCACCCGCGAGUUGAUCCAUCAGUUCACACCCCAGGAGUUCCAUUCGGAGCUCGAGACCUUUUUCUUCGUCGAGCACUCGCCACUAUAUGAAUUGUUACGUCGUGACCAGAUGGGCUACCGCUUGUUGUGUCUGCGGAAGACUGACGAAUGCAGCACAGACGAAGAGGAAGAUAUCCGACAUGUAACUGAUUGGGUUGGUGACGGAUUGGACUACUCAUCGGACGAAGAGAUUCAGGAUGAUGAUGCCCCCAACUACUAUCCGUAUCAAGAGUUAUUCCCACAACUUGACACGCUGAAGGAUAAUUACAAUGUGAUUCUGGAGGAGAUGCAGGCUGUGCAGCAAAUGGCGACGUGGCCGUUCUGGCCGGAGAAACACUAUACUGAAGGGGACAGUGAGUGGCGUGUGUUCCCGUUUUGCUACACGUUCCCAGCCUACGACGCGUCCAAGACGACGUGGGUGUCUACCACGUGUUCCAUGUGUCCUCGGACGGCAGAAAUCCUCAAGAGUUUGCCGAACAUUCGCACUGCGUUGUUCUCCAAGUUAGGCCCCAACACGACGCUGACUGCACACCGUGGCUGGGCGGACCUGGCCAAUCAUGUUCUCCGUGUCCACUUUCCUCUCGUAGUGCCUAGGCUGCCCAACGGAGAUCCAUGCUGUGCUAUGGUAGUGGGCGGAGAGACCACGUACCACGCUGAGCGAGAGUUCAUCGUGUUUGACGACAGCAAACUGCACUACGCAUUCAACCACCAUCCAGAUGAGACGCGUCUGGUGCUGAUCAUCGACUUCUACCGUCCGGAUCAGCUGCCGAGGGGCCGUGCUCGUGGCGGUCAUUCGGACGAAUUGGACGAGUUCAUCGAGACUUUCGGCAAGCAAACAUUGCUCAGCGGCAGUGAAGAAAGCUGAGAGAAGAAAGCGAAAAUUGAUAGUGGGGGUAUUAACGGCCUGUGGGAUUGAAUCAGGGUGUUGGUACCCUGGACAAUGUCACUCUUGAAAUGGGUCACCCCUGCUUUAGCUUAAUGUUAAAUAAACCUGUCCAUAGUUCGUCAAUUACGACACAAUGCAGCACUAGUUAGUCACUUUCCUCCC